AGAUUGCCUGCAAAAUGGAAUGGAACACAAUCCGAAAGGUUUGGUAUAUGAUGGCUAUUUUCUACAUGUCUUGGCUUGAAGUUACUUCGCAGGGACAAGGUUCCGUUUCUGUAACCUCCCUUGGUUGCUACAAAGACAGAGUCACGAAACCAAGUCAAAGCAUAUUUUCCACCGUGUUUUACCAAGUCAAUAUCGUGAGAUGGUGGCCAAACAGUAACCAUAUUAUACACGCGUGUGCUGCGGCAGCUGUUGCUAGGGGAUACCGAAUCUUCUCAAUCCAGGACUUCGGGGACUGUCGCUGGGGUCCGAACGCUGAACAAGACUAUGCCAAAUAUGGUCAUGGUUACUAUUGUUAUCAAGGACUUGGGUGGAUCGGUUCUGGUAGCGUCUACAGAGUUCAAAAUUUAGCUCCAGUUAACGGACAGUGGACAAAUUGGUCUCGGUGGAGUUCAUGUAGUGCAACUUGCAAUGGUGGAACUCGAUCACGCAGGCGCAGCUGUGCCAAUCCUCUUCCAUCCAAUGGUGGUACAUAUUGUCGCGGAAUAAGCUCGGAAACACAGCUUUGUAACAGAAAUCGCUGCCAAAUAGCAGGAGUCUGGUCAUCUUGGUCUCCAUGGGGAUCUUGUAGCAGGUCAUGUGGUGGAGGGACACGAUCGCGCGUGCGUAGUUGCACCAAUCAUUUACAAUUCAGCGCCAGUGCCGUUUGCCAGGGUCCACGGUCUCGAACCCAGAGAUGUAAUACCAAUAGUUGUCCAAGUUCCGUUUCUGUAACCUCCCUUGGUUGCUACAAAGACAGAGUCACGAAACCAAGUCAAAGCAUAUUUUCCACCGUGUUUUACCAAGUCAAUAUCGUGAGAUGGUGGCCAAACAGUAACCAUAUUAUACACGCGUGUGCUGCGGCAGCUGUUGCUAGGGGAUACCGAAUCUUCUCAAUCCAGGACUUCGGGGACUGUCGCUGGGGUCCGAACGCUGAACAAGACUAUGCCAAAUAUGGUCAUGGUUACUAUUGUUAUCAAGGACUUGGGUGGAUCGGUUCUGGUAGCGUCUACAGAGUUCAAAAUUUAGCUCCAGUUAACGGACAGUGGACAAAUUGGUCUCGGUGGAGUUCAUGUAGUGCAACUUGCAAUGGUGGAACUCGAUCACGCAGGCGCAGCUGUGCCAAUCCUCUUCCAUCCAAUGGUGGUACAUAUUGUCGCGGAAUAAGCUCGGAAACACAGCUUUGUAACAGAAAUCGCUGCCAAAUAGCAGGAGUCUGGUCAUCUUGGUCUCCAUGGGGAUCUUGUAGCAGGUCAUGUGGUGGAGGGACACGAUCGCGCGUGCGUAGUUGCACCAAUCAUUUACAAUUCAGCGCCAGUGCCGUUUGCCAGGGUCCACGGUCUCGAACCCAGAGAUGUAAUACCAAUAGUUGUCCAAUUAACGGUGCCUGGUCGGCCUGGGGAUCAUGGAACUUGUGUUCAAGAUCUUGUGGCAUGGGAACACAGGCACGUUCAAGGACAUGCAGCAACCCUUUUCCUAGGAACGGCGGAGCUAGCUGCCCGGGUCCAAGUUCUCAAAAUCGCAGAUGCAGCUCUACCAAUUGUCCAGUCUGUGUUGAAGGAACCAUCGUCACUGACCGGUGCGGUCAGCGGUGUAGAUGCUCUGGUGGUCGCCCAGUUGGCUGCACACGUGUCAGACGAGAAUUCACAUCCAUGUCAAGAGCUGAUCGAGAGAGGUACAUAAGAACAGUCAUCACCGCAUCAACAGAUGCUAGAUAUAAGCCAGAUUACGACCGACUCAUCACCUUGCAUAAGACGAUAUUUAGAUCAGGUAUUCACGGGCGAGAUCAUUUCUUACCAUGGCAUCGCUGGUAUGUUCUUCAGUACGAAAAUCUUCUGCGGCGCAUCGACUGCACAAUUACCGUCUCUUACUGGGAUUGGAGCGUGAUAUCCCAUACUCCGUGGCGUGGACGUGAGUCUGAUCUUUGGUAUAUUGGAAACAGCGGUUUUGGCGGGAAUGGACAGCAAACGCCCGAACAGUGCGUGACAAGUGGUCCUUUCAGGCGAGGAACCUGGAACGUUGUACCGUCAGCCGGCGGUGGGUGUCUACGUCGGCAGUUGAACUUAACGGGCAAUCCCCCUGAUUCGGUAGCCGUCGCAGAGGUCUUAAGGACACGUGCCAUAGACUUUGAUUCGUUUGAAAUUUCUCUUCGAAUUAACCUCCAUGACACUGUCCACUGCCUGAUCGGGGGUCACAUGUGCUCAUUUGACUCAGCUACUUCUCCGGAGUUUAUGCUCCACCAUGGCUUUAUUGAUAAGAUCUGGAUGGAUUGGCAAAGGCAAAGCAACGCACAUAGAAACGCGCACUACCCUAGAGUUGCUGACAACAUGCCCGGAACAAGACAACUCCACGCUAGAGCAGUUUUAGACAAUUUCAGAUUACCAGGAGGGGUGCGAGUACGGUACCAGGCUACAACAAUUCCACAAUUACGAAGUGUGCUCAGGCGUUUAGGAGAAAUGAACAUGAGUGCAUUGAUUCAAAUUCCUCGAAGACAUUUUCACGUGCUAAGUAAAGAAGCCAUAAAACUGUUUAAUGUAUCCAAGGCCGAAGUGGAAAAAGCCAUAAGAAUGGGCCUGAAGCUCUCACCGAGGUCUAGCACACUCCCUGGCAGCACAAACUCCGUUGAAACUUCACUGGGAUUUCGGGUUGAUUCUCUUAAAAAGACCAAUUUUGUGAGAGAAAAAUAACUCAUUUCUGCUAUAUUUUUAUUAUUAGAAGUAGUAGUAUUUUUCCUUUAGUUCGCGCCAGCCAAAGUAAACAUUCGCCUUUCUAUGUGUGUUUAUUUCUUCCCUGCUAAGAAGAUGUCUGCUAUUUGACACUGACAUAUAUGUUCAUAAUGAGGUAGUUACACAGCUUGGUUCUAAUGUCGACGAAAACCUUUAAUAGUAGAACAAUGGAUGAAAUCCCUUUAUAACGAUUCAACUACCCAUCAUUGCGGAGGUUUUUGAGUAAAAUUAUCUGUGACCUUUUUAUUUUAAUUAUUAUUAUCUAACUGAAACCAUGCCUAAAUUUUGUUUUAUGCUCAUCAUUGUCUAUGGCAGCUGUUAUUCAAUCUUAAAAUUAAACUUUUCGUUAAUUUUUAUCAUGAUAUUAAACUACAUUGAUAUUAGAAUAUGGCUUGAAACGUCGAAAGCCUAUUGAAGGUCCAAGCGCGGAAUUUUCUUUUAAAGACCAUCUGCUUUGAGAUCGAAACGUUUUCUAAAGUUAGCACACGCAUGAGAUUCGGUUAACGAUUCCUUUUCUCUGCCGACAAUAGUAAUCAAUUUAAUUUCCUUUUAAAAUGUUAAUUGUUCAUCCUCUACCAUGGAUAAUGUAGGCAAUUAAAUAAAAAUGGUAAGCCCCAUGCGAAAAUGCACCGUGGUUUAUUUACGAUAGGAAAAGUUCAAUUAGCGUACAGGUUAGGGCUCUAAGCGGAUCCAGCAGUGACCUCAUGACUAUAUCAAUUAAGUGUAUCUCGCUUUCUAAUCGCUGGUGUUUAGAAUGAAAAACGAAGCUAGUCGAGUACACAACUUCUAAUUUCUCCUCGAUAGUUGAACGACUUCUAAAACUUUCCACGAUGUGCGAAUCUCCGUUGCACGUGCCACACAGCUUUGUCGAUCGAACGUAGAAUGAUCGGCCAGGUGCCUUGCACCCAAUCCCUUUCCAAUAUGGCUGAGGUUAAAAAUAGUGCUGUUAUAAGUUAGUUACACAGCUUAGUUGUAAUGGCGACGAAAACCUUUAAUGGUAUAAACAAUGUAUGAAAUCCCUUUAUAGCGAUACAACUACACAUCACUGUGGAUAUUUUUGAGUAAUACUAGUCUUUCUGUGAUCAUUUUUUUAAAUGAAAUCAUGCCUAAAUUUAUGUUAUGUUCAUGAUCGUCUAUGCCAGGUGCAUACUUUUUAAUUUCGAAAUUUAACUUUUGCGUUUACAUUUACCAUGAUAUUAAGCAACAUUGAUAAUAGAAUAUGAAUUAAAACGUCGAAGGCUUAUUGGUUUAAGCUCAAAUUGCGAAAUUUUUCUUUAAAUGCCACCUGCUUUGAGAUCGAAGCGUUUUCUGAAGUUAGCAUUAGCAUGGGACUCGGUUAAAUUUGCAUUGGAUCUGGUUAAAGAGUUCUUUUUUGCUCCCGACAAAAAUAUUUAAGAGAAUACGAGACAAGUAUUUAUGUAAGAAAUGUUUUUCAUUUCACAAAGUUAACAUGGAUAAUGCAGGCAAUAAUAAAGAUGGUAAGCCCCGUUGGAAAAUGUCCCGCGG